AUGUUCGCUUCCUCUGUCGUAUACGCCCUUUCUCUCGGCGCGGUCGUCUUUGCCGCUCCCUCCCCGGUAGCGGAGCAGGCUCUCGAGAGGCGCGACACUGUCACGGCCCUCAGCAGCUCUGCACUCGCUGCUUUCGCCCCUUACACCCAGUUUGCUCGCGCGGCAUACUGCGAUCCGUCGGACGUCGCCGACUGGUCGUGCGGCGAUGCUUGCAAGGCCAACUCUGGCUUCAAGCCUAGCAUCACUGGCGGAGACGGCAACGCCCUGCAGUACUACUACGUGGGGUACUGGCCCGCUGGCAAGACAGUUGUCGUUGCGCAUCAGGGAACGGACCCAACACAGCUGGAGUCUGAUUUGACAGAUAUCAACAUCGCCAUGGCCACUUUGGACUCGACUCUGUUCCCGGGAGUGCCCAGCGGAGUCCAGGUUCACAAAGGCUUCUCCGACGUGCAAAAGCAAACCGCGAGCUUGAUCUUGAAGGAGGUCAAGAGCCUCAUGUCAGCCAACAGCGUGAACAGUGUCACAUUGGUCGGCCACUCACUCGGCGGCGCGAUCGCGGAACUUGAUACGCUCAUGUUCAAGCUCAACCUCCCUUCCGCGACUGUCAAGGGUGUCACUUACGGCACCCCGCGCGUCGGCAACCCCGCGUUUGCCAACUUCUUCGAUUCCAAGUCCAUUGACUUCACCCGUGUGGACAACCGCGACGACCUCGUACCCAUCGUCCCUGGGCGCUUCCUCGGCUUCGAGCACCCGUCUGGCCAGGUGCACAUUAUCAGCAACGGCAACGCUGUUGCCUGCUCGGGUCAGGAGAACGAGAGCGACCAAUGCACGGAUGGAGCUGUCCCGAAUAUCUUCGACGGGAAUGUCAUUGACCAUCUCGGGCCAUACGAGGGUAUCUACAUCGGCACUCUUUUCUGCACAUGA